UAAACAGACAUUUCAAUUCUUAAGACGUGCUUGACAGAACGCUAUAUUGCCUGCUAUCAGCAUUCCAUCUCUUUCUUAUAAAAUGGCAAUCUGGAAUAUGACAGGACAUUUGUUACUUCGUUUAAUUUUUCAAGUUGUUCUGCUGUAUGACGCUUUGGGAUGGGAAGUGAGAAUGCCAAAGGAAAUUCAUGGCCUCAAAGGUUCCUGUCUGGUCAUACCAUGUUCUUUCAGCUACACAUCAAACCCACCCACAAAUCCACGUAGAGUUGUGUGGUAUCAGUGGGUCUCUAAAGGUUAUCCUUUAGUUUAUGAUCCAUGGUAUCCAAAUGAUGUCAUUGAGAAAUUUAGAGGAAAUACUUAUUUAUAUGGAAACUCAAGUUGGGAUUGCAGUCUGUUGAUUAAAAACCUGAAACCAUCCCACCAUGGAGAGAAAAUAUACACAUGGAUUGACCCUGAAAAUAUUGGAAAGAGCACCUACGCAUUUUACGAUGUCACUUCUACAAUUCUAGUUGAUGCAGAUCCACAGUUCCCCAGCAUUUAUGGAGGUGAAAGAACAGGUGAAACCAUCACAGUUGUAUGUUCAGCUUUCCACACGUGUCCAUACAUCAAACCAACCAUCACUCUGAACGGUAUAGAAGGAUCUGAUCAAAUAGACAAUGAGCAUUUUAAAGACGGCCUGUGGAAAAUCACUCUAACAUGCACAGGUGUCGUAAAGACAGAAAGCUCAACCGUUGAGUGUUCUGUAACAUAUCAUGGUGGCAUAACAGUGGCAGCUACAAAAGACAUAAAUGCAUGGUACGCAGACUCAACGCACACUGGAGUGAAGACUGUUGGGCUUUACAUAAUAGCUCCAUCACUUGUGUUCCUCCUCACUUGCAUAAUUGCUACAUUCAUCAUAUACAAGAAACGACACCGACAGCCUCUUAAUAAUAUGCAAGGGUCAUUAACAACAUUUGAACAGAGGAGAUCACGUUGGAAUAGAUUUUCAAGGCAAUUCAGUAGGUCUGAGGGAAGAGCAGGUUGGAGUAACAGGGAAAACAGGAGUGAAAUCAGAACCAAUGCAUGUACGGUGACAGAAAACAAGCCUUUCUCCAAACCUCGUAUGCCAUCACCAAAGAGUGAGCCAAAGUCCUACUCAGGUCAUGAUUCUGAUGCUGAAUACACCAACAUGGACGAACUCAACAUGUAUGGAAACAUCUGAUGAUAAUGAACAACACAAAGUUCAACACAGUGUUUUUAAAUGCUCAAAAUGAAUACAUACAUCAGAUUGUAUAUUUUAUGAAAUGGCCAGUCUGUUUUUCUCAGUCAGUCAAGAUGCUUGUAUUGAGUUUGUUGUUGACUUGCAUUGAUUUUACAUUGAUGUUGUUGUCUCUGCUCUAAUCUGCUAUUGAUCAAUGUUUUGCAGCAUAUUUGUGUGAGAAUAUAACCAUAGCAUUAAAACAGAUCAGAAUGUGCCAUA